AUGUCAGCAUCUAAGAUUCCACUUUUCAAAAUGAAGGGCCUGAUCCUGUUCCUGUCCCUAGUGAAAAUGAGCCUGGCAGUGCCGGCAUUUCCUCAACAACCUGGGGCUCAAAACAUGGCACCUCCGGGCAUGGCUAGUUUGAGUCUUGAGACAAUGAGACAGUUGGGAAGCUUGCAGGGACUCAACGCACUUUCUCAGUACUCUAGACUCGGCUUUGGGAAAGCACUUAAUACUUUGUGGCUGCAUGGUCUCCUCCCACCGCAUAACUCUUUCCCAUGGAUAAGACCAAGGGAACAUGAAACCCAACAGUAUGAAUAUUCUUUGCCUGUGCAUCCCCCACCUCUCCCAUCACAGCCAUCCCUGCAGCCUCACCAGCCAGGACUGAAACCCUUCCUCCAGCCCACUGCAGCCACUGGUGUCCAGGUCACACCCCAGAAGCCAGGGCCUCAGCCUGCAAUGCACCCUGGACAGCUACCCUUGCAGGAAGGAGAACUGACGGCAGCAGAUGAGCAGCCUCAGGUGGUGCCCUCAGAGACCACACCAACAGCCGAGGUCCCACUAAUGGAUUUUGCUGAUCCACAGUUUCCAGCAGUGUUCCAGAUAGCCCGUUCCAUAUCUCGGGGUCCAAUGGCACACAGUAAAGCACCAGCUUUUUACCCAGGAAUGUUUUACAUGUCUUAUGGAGCAAACCAAUUGAACGCUCCUGCCCGAGUUGGCUUCAUGAGUUCAGAAGAAAUGCCCGGAGGAAGAGGAAGUCCUAUGGCCUAUGGAACUCUGUUCCCAGGAUUUGGAGGCUUCAGGCAAACCCUUAGAGGACUGAAUCCCAAUUCACCCAAGGGCGGAGACUUCACUGUGGAAGUAGAUCCGGUAUCUGUAACCAAAGGCCCCGAGAAGGGAGAGGGUCCAGAAGGCUCUCCACUGCAAGAGGCCAACCCAGCCAAGCGGGAAAACCCAGCUCUCCUUUCACAAAUGGCACCUGGUGCCCAUGCAGGACUUCUUGCUUUCCCCAAUGAUCACAUUCCCAGCAUGGCAAGGGGUCCUGCAGGGCAAAGGCAGGGACUCCUCGGGGUUACCCCAGCAGCUGCCGACCCACUGAUCACCCCGGAAUUAGCAGAAGUUUAUGAAACCUAUGGUGCUGAUGCUACCACACCCCUGAGUGAUGGCGAAGCUACCGUGUCCCCUGAUAUCACCAUGUCCCCUGACACUCAGCCACCACUGAUGCCUGGGAACAAAAUGCACCAGUCCCAGGUGCACAACGCCUGGCGUUUCCAGGAGCCCUGA